UAUUGCAGACGACCAAAGAAAAAUAAUAAACAAAAAUAAUACCCCCCUAGAAUUUGUAUUCAUGCCUGCGUGGGAUACUGGGAUCUAUUCGAGAAAUUGGGAUCUGCAGAAAAAUGACUGUGUUAUUGUGUGUACUAUUUUCUCGGCGUCCAGCAGUACCAGUGUCUUGUUGCCCAAAACCGGCUUUCCUCUUCGGAUAAGUUCUGUUCAACGAAAGGAACGUGACCUGUUUAUUAUGAAGAGAGCAUCCUUUGAUCAAUUAUAUAAAUGGCAGAGAAAAAAUUUGCAGAAUGAAGAUGAGUUCAUUUUGCAUGAUGGCCCACCAUAUGCUAAUGGAAAGCCACAUAUGGGACAUGCGUUGAAUAAAAUAUUAAAGGAUAUAUUGUCACGAUAUAAACUGCUUUCUGGAAAAUUAGUGCAUUUUGUUCCAGGAUGGGAUUGUCAUGGACUUCCCAUUGAAUUAAAAGCUUUGGAAACACAUGAUGUACUCAAUUCAAAUUCAUUGGAAAUACGGCAGAGAGCUAAAUUAUUUGCCCUGGACACCAUUAAGUGCCAAAAAGAAGCCUUCUCUCGUUGGGGAGUUAUGGCUGAUUGGGAUAGUGGCUGCUACUUUACAUUUACACCAAGCUAUGUCACUUCACAACUUAAAAUUUUCUGUGACCUUUAUGAUAAAGGACUUGUAUACAGAGAUUAUAAACCUGUCUAUUGGUCUCCAUCCUCAAGGACUGCUCUUGCUGAAUCUGAGUUGGAAUAUAAUGUGAAUCAUGUUAGCUCUUCUAUUUACCUGAAGAUAACCCUGCAAACACCAUUUCCUGAAUGUAUAGCUGAUAGUUCUAAAGAAGCUCCUGUUUACUUGGUAGUGUGGACUACAACACCAUGGACAAUACCAGCAAAUCAAGCUGUUUGUUAUAAUCCAGACAAGAAAUACUGCCUUGUGAGGUGUAAAUCUCAUAAAGAUUAUAAGUAUUUGGUAAUUGCAUUGGAGCUCUACCAUUCUCUUGAGCAGUUAUGGUCUUGUCAUUUCACUCUGAUCAAAGAAUUUGAUGGGGACAUCUUUAAUGGUCAUUACUAUUCACAUCCAUUUCGAAAAAAUAAGAGCAUGCCCUUGUUACCAGGAAAUCAUGUUUCUGUGAAAAAAGGAACAGGUUUUGUUCAUACUGCGCCAGCACACGGACCAGAUGACUUCUUGGUAGCUUUGCAGCAUAAAAUGCCGAUCUUAAAUUUGGUAGAUGAAGAUGGAAAAUACUCUGCAGAUGCUGGGAGUGACUUGUGUGGGAAUGAUGUAUUAGAUAAGGGCCAAGAUAUUGUCCUAAAAUUAUUACAAAAUGAUGUAAUAUUCAAAGAAAAUUUCACGCACAGCUAUCCUUAUGAUUGGAGGACAAAACUCCCAGUUAUUUUGAGGGCGAGCCUUCAAUGGUUCAUUGAUACCGACAAAAUAAAAACCAAGUCAAUUGAAGCUAUGAAAGAUGUUUCGGUUGUUCCAGAAAAUUUCGAAAAGCCCAUGCUUACCCAACUGGCCACUAGACCAUAUUGGUGUAUUUCAAGGCAGCGCUCAUGGGGAGUUCCAAUUCCAGUUUUCUACCGUUCGCUGUCUCCUACGAAAGAAGCUAUUUUACAUAGAGAUAUUGUUGAAAAGGUGUGCAAAAUAACGUUGGAAAAAGGAAUUGAUGAAUGGUGGCGCAUGAGCCCUGAAGAUCUAAUUGGAGAGGAACUGAUAAAAAAGUUGGAUUUAAUUCCCGGUCAAAUAUUUAAGGGCAUGGACAUUAUGGAUAUAUGGUUCGAUAGUGGAGUUUCAUGGAAUUCAGUUUUGCCACAAGGGAAGCAAGCUGAUUUCUACAUGGAAGGGAUAGAUCAAUUUGGAGGAUGGUUCCAGUCAUCGCUUUUGACGUCAGUAGCAAGCUCUGGUCAUGCCCCGUACAAAAAUAUAUUUGUACACGGAUUCGUCUUAGAUCACGAAGGCAGAAAAAUGUCUAAAUCCCUAGGUAAUGUUAUUGAUCCACAUCUGAUUCUUGAUGGUGAUGGGAAAAAACAGCCUGCUGUCGGCAUCGAUGCCUUGCGUUGGUGGGUCGCUAGUCAUGUGUCUGCAAAUGGCGGUAACAUAUCAGUUAGUAUCCAUUCAAUUCAACAAGCUUCAGAGGACAUUCAAAAGAUGCGUUCAGUUUUACGUUUUCUAUUGGGAAAUCUCAAUGCUGUUACUUGCUCCCAAUUUAAACAAACUAAUCCCACAACUUUGGGCUUAACUGAUCAGUACAUGCUUCACCUUUUAUCUGAAUUCGCCGAAAAUGCGUUGUCGGCAUACCAAGAAAUGAAUUUUAGAAAAGUCACAAGCUUGGUUUCCGCUUUCAUCAAUACUAGUGUUUCUGCCUUUUAUUGCAGCAUUGUGAAACAUCGUCUUUAUUGCCACAGUCUUACAAGUGAGGAUCGACUUUCCGCUUUAUUUGUACUCAGUGAAAUUCUGGAUCAGAUCACCUUAAUAAUUGCUCCUAUCCUUCCACAUUUGACGGAAGAAAUUGAAAUGCAUCAUCCAUGGCGAGCAGCAGAUAAUGGAGGUUUAUUUCGCAAUCGGAAAUUCGCGGACAUGAAAAAAUCUGAUUUAUCUGAUGUAGUUGAUCAGAUUCAUCCGUCAUUGUCAUUACGCCAGUCAGUUAACAAAGCGAUUGGUCGUUUGAACACUCAAGAAUGGAAUGUUGAAAUUUCGGCUUUUGAUUCUCGAGAUCUCCACCUUUUGCAGAUGUUACAAUCAGAAGAGAAAACUCACGAUUCAGCAUUGUGCGACCUUCUCCAAGUAUCAAUGGUGACUUUGCUUGGCAAAAAUGAUGAGGAUUCCAUCGCAAAGGAGCUGGACAAUUCCAAUGUAGAUGACAGUUUUACAAAAAUUGAAUUUCAACAUUUUGGUCGAAUUCAAAUCACUUUAUCUAAAACAAAGUUAGCUCUUUGCUCUCGCUGUAGGAGAUACACUUCCUCAGAUGGCAAUUUAUGUUGUUCAUGCUUGAAAGUUUGUGCCUUGUAACAUAAUCAAUGUUCUAAUAAAUUAAUGAAUUGCGGGUCCGUAGGACAACGCUAGUAAAAGAUUGGG